AUGCGACCCAUCCCAUCCAAACUCAGCUAUCUGUUUCUACACUUAUUUGCAUUCUGCUACUAUGCUCAGGUAACCAAUCAGUCCCCGCCUAAUUUCACGCAGCAUGUAAGCGAGCAGAGCAAAGUGACGGACCGCGUGAGCCGCAGAUUGAUCCGGGUCUACCAAUUGUACAGCCGGACCAGCGGCAAGCAUGUGCAGGUCCUGCCCAACAAGAAGAUCAACGCCAUGGCCGAGGACGGAGACGUGCACGCUAAACUCAUUGUGGAAACGGACACAUUUGGGAGCCGAGUGCGCAUCAAGGGAGCUGAGACGGGCUUCUACAUCUGCAUGAACAAGAGGGGGAAGCUCAUCGGCAAGACAAACGGACAAGGCCGCGACUGUAUCUUCACAGAGAUCGUUCUGGAGAAUAACUACACUGCGCUGAGAAACGCCCGCUAUGAGGGCUGGUACAUGGCCUUCACCCGCCGCGGGAGGCCACGGAAAGGCUCACGGACGCGCCAGCACCAGCGCGAGGUCCAUUUCAUGAAGAGGCUGCCGAAGGGGCAGCAGCCCUCCCACCCAAGCCACCACGGCCCUUUCGACUUCAUCCACUACCCCUUCAGUCAAAGGACUAAACGUACACGAUACUCGUCAGAGCACUGA